AUGGUUUCCUUGGCUAACUCCUCUAAAACUCCAUCCAUUACUGAACAAACCGCUUCAUCGGUUAUGCUGAACAUCAAACCCAACCAAAACCUCAUCUUGGAUCUCGAUUCAUCUAAGUACGCUGACUCGCUCAAGCAUAUGAUCGAGUGCCUCCGUUACUCUCCAUUGGUUCAACCCCUAAUGAUGGAUGAGAAUGUCCCAUUGGUCCAUCUAUUUAAGGCAUUCUCCAUUGCAAGCUACCAACAUAGUGAGGCUAUGAUAACGUUUGAGGUUGAUUCCCAUAAAACCUCCAUAUCCAAGGCUCGAUCUAGCAGGAUGCAAGGGAUUUAUUCUACAGUGGUUGUGGUCUAUCUGGAAUCAAUUUCUUCAUCUACGAUUCUGGAGAUGUUCUACCUAAUGGGGUAUUUGGAAAACCUCUCUCUCGUAUCGAAAUUCAAGAAACCUAACCUUCCUCCGAUGUGGAAUGGGCUUUUCACUCCAUUGUUUAAGAGCUUCUCUGAGUAA